AUGUCUAGCAGCACUCCUCCCAAUCAGGCAACGCCUUCCGCGACUGAAACUUUAAUCACUGAGUUGACGCCGCUAGAUCACCUCAUGCCUCGAACAUAUGUGAUCAGUAUGAAUUGCAGAUGGCCAGUCUCUCGCCGCAGUAACAUUGAAGAUAUCCAUAAACACUUGAAGCUAGGUUUGAAGCAGACUAUGAAGAAAAUCCCUUUUCUUGGCGGGUCUGUCGUCCCCACGGGUUCUCCUGGAAAGUCUGGUAUCGAAACUUUACCUGGAGAUUUCGAAGGAAAUAAAUUGAUUUUUAACGACCUCCGUACUGGAAGUGGAAAUUCAUGA